AUGUCAUCAAGGCAAAUUCAGAAGAACAAGAAGAGGUAUUCCAAAGCAUUACAGUGUGCUUAUGAUAGACCUCUCUUUCCUGGUGCUAAUCCCAUGAUCAGGGCCAAGCAACUAGCUGUUGAAGAGACCAAUAAUGAAGGGAUUUGGUGGCUCUUACCGGCCGCCCGGGCCCGCCCGCCCGCGCUGCCCGGCCAAUGGGAGCGGCGGUUGUUAGCGGGCCGGGAGGUGGCGGCGUUGCCACAGCAGCGGCGGGGCCGGUGGCGGCGGUGGUCGGGGUGCGCUAUGGAGGGGCUGGAAGGUGAGGUUACAGUGCAAACUGGAGAUCUGUUGCCAUGUAGGAUCUGUGGAAGGACUUUCUUUCCAGCAGCACUGAAAAAGCAUGGACCCAUUUGCCAAAAAACUUCUGCCAAGAAAAGGAAGACAUUCGAUUCGAGCCGACAGAGAGCAGAAGGAACUGACAUUCCCACAGUAAAACCUCUUAAGCCACGGCCAGAACCACCCAAAAAACCUUCCAACUGGAGACGAAAGCACGAGGAAUUUAUAGCAACUAUACGAGCAGCCAAAGGGCUUAAUCUUAAAGAUGGUGGAAAACUCCCUCCACCACCUCCGCCAUCAUAUGACCCUGAUUACAUUCAGUGUCCAUAUUGUCAGAGGAGAUUUAAUGAAAAUGCAGCUGACAGACACAUCAAUUUCUGUAAAGAACAAGCAGCACGUAUUACUAAUAAGGGGAAAUUGGCAGCUGAUACCAAAGGGAAGCUUCCUACUCGAACACAGUACAAACCUGCUGCAGUUAAGAAGAUGCCUUCUGUAGGAUCAACACCAUCAUCAUCAUCAUCACGCUUACCACAGCCAAGUGGUGUUAGCAAAACUGUUGUAGGUGCCUCUUCAAGUAAAGCACUAUCUUCAUCUGGAUCCAGUGGGAGCAAAAUUCAGACAUUAUCACCAGCUCAUAAAAACUCAUUGGGAAUGGUGAACCCACAAGCAGGAGGUGCAACAAAAACACGGACAUCAACCCCUCCUAGUGUGGCAAGAACCAUGAGCACGGGUGCUCUAACAAACAAAAGAAAAACUAGCAAUUCAGACAAUUACUCAAGGUCUGACGGUAAAAUUGGGUAUGACAGUGGAGACUACCCAUCCUCAGUCAAUGGAGGAUAUUCAAAAAGCAGCGAAGGAAAUUCACCUGUACAGUUAUCAAAGUUCUGCCAUGAAUGUGGAACAAGGUAUCCAGUGGAAUGGGCGAAGUUUUGCUGUGAGUGUGGAAUUCGAAGAAUGGUUGUGUGAACACAUUCUUAAAAGCAAAAAGAAAAUAAGAAAUCGGAAGCAUCUGCUAUUUACUGCUGCAUGGAAAGCUAAAGCACUCCUUCCAGUUAGACCUCAUGCUGCAAACA